GAGACGCUAACAGAACCAACUAGAAGUCUGAACGCAAAAAAGUGGAAAUUCAAGUUUUUAUUUCAUUUUCAGAAGGAAAAAGAUUGUUGUUGUUCGCACUGGAAGCUUUCUCUGCUGGUGUCACGCCUGAACUUGAACCUUUGUGGUCCAGCCUUUAGCCUACAGAUAGAGCAACAGGACCACCAGAGAAGGAGGAUGUCCGAACUGCUUGCUUUUCCCCGGAUGUCGUUCCUGUUGCUUUGCAUUCUGGGUAUGAUCUUGGUGACAUCUGGCUUUCCUCAGCAUCGACUUCAUUUCAGAAGUGCUGAUGAUUCAGAGGAACCUAAACGAGAGGAAUGGGAGGUCCUCUUCCCCUCCAUCUCUCUCCGUGAUUGGAGCAUUGAAAUGAUGUCAGCGCCCAGCCUCGGAGUAGCAGCCAAUAGCAAGGCAGGACUGAUGAGAGAGGCGUGGCUGUUUGGCCCUGAGAGGGCAGAGGAAAGUGUGCAGGGGGCGUGGCCUGCUGAAUGGACGCACGGGGCCAGCAUGAAGAGGAACAUGGUGGUGGCGGACGACGCUGCCUUCAGAGAGAAGAGUAAACUCCUCACCUCCAUGGAGAGACAGAAGUGGCUCAACUCCUACAUGCAGAAACUGCUGGUGGUGAAUUCAUCGAGAUAGUUCAGUCCUCACAGCCUUCAUUACAUCACACCUCUUUUGCACAGUGACAAAACGCUUUUAAAGGGAUCCCUGAGUUACUGCAAAAGUCAUAUCAAAUCAUCAAACGACUGCUGUAUUAUAAGUGCUCAUGGCUUCAUUUCAAAAUGAUAUUCCUAUUUUUUGUAGCACUUUCACUAUCUAAUAAAAAUCAUUCAAAAUCA